AUGGCCAUAUUAGAAGCUAAUCAGAAGACAGGAGCUAUAAGACCAAAUGUUUUUAUACCUCCGAUUCCUAUUUCCAGUGGCAACUUGACUGAGUGGCUUUCAUCUUGGAAUUCUUUCGAAACUUAUGUAGAAAAGAAUAAUAAGUUAGAAAAUAUACAAAAACUGUCACAAUUAAAGAAGGUUUUGGUAGAAGAAACAAAAAAGUUAGUGAAAGGCUAUGUGAUUUCUGCUGUAAAUUAUGAAAUAGUAAAAAGUACCUCAAAGGUAUUAUAA